GCGGCUUCAAAUUCAACAACGACGAAAAUGCCAGCAGCUGUGACUCACCAAGAAAAGAAGACUCUCCCAGACGGACACUUUUUGUUUACCUCUGAAUCCGUCGGUGAAGGUCACCCUGACAAAAUCUGUGACCAAGUUUCAGACGCUAUUUUAGACGCUUGCCUUCAAGAGGAUCCUUUCAGUAAGGUUGCAUGUGAAACCGCUGCAAAGACUGGUAUGAUUAUGGUUUUCGGUGAAAUUACCACCAAAGCAAACCUUGACUACCAAAAGGUCAUUCGUAACACUAUCAAGGAGAUCGGUUACGACGACUCUGAGAAAGGUUUCGAUUACAAAACUUGCAAUGUCUUAGUUGCUAUCGAACAACAAUCUCCAGAUAUCGCUCAAGGUUUAGACCACGGUUCAUUAGAAAACCUUGGUGCUGGUGACCAAGGUAUUAUGUUCGGUUAUGCUUCCGACGAAACCCCAGAGUGUAUGCCAUUGACAAUCUCACUCGCACACAAGCUUAACCAAGCUUUGGCUGUUGCUCGUCGCUCAGGUGAGCUUCCUUGGGUUCGUCCAGACACUAAGACCCAAGUCACCGUCGAGUACAAGAAGGAAGGCGGUGCAGUUAUACCAAAGCGUGUUGACACUGUCGUCGCUUCUUUGCAACACUCUGAUGACAUCACCACAGAGAAGCUCCGUGAAGAAGUCCUCGAGAAGAUCAUCAAGAGAGUCAUUCCAGCUGAUUUACUCGAUGACGACACAAUCUACCACAUCCAACCAUCAGGAAGAUUCGUUAUUGGUGGUCCACAAGGUGACGCUGGUUUAACCGGUCGUAAGAUCAUCGUCGACACCUACGGUGGUUGGGGUGCUCACGGUGGUGGUGCCUUCUCAGGAAAGGAUUUCUCAAAGGUCGACAGAUCUGCUGCUUACACUGGUAGAUGGAUUGCCAAGUCACUCGUUAAGGCUGGUUUAGUUCAACGUUGUUUGGUCCAAUUGUCAUACGCUAUCGGUGUCGCUGAACCUUUAUCCGUAUUCGUUGACAGCUACGGUACCGCUAAGAAGGGUCACUCUGACGCUCAAUUAGUCGAAAUCGUUAGAAACAACUUCAACCUCAAGCCAGGUGUUAUCGUUAAGUCACUCGAUCUUCAACGUCCAAUCUACAACCAAACUGCCAAGUACGGUCACUUUGGUCAUGAAGGUGACUCAUGGGAACAACCUGCUGAGAUCAAGUACUAAGCGGAAGUGAAUAUGUGAAGUAAAAAAAGGAUAUAGUGAGUUCAUCCUCACACACAAAAAAUAACACAUUCUCCUGUUUUUGGUUCUAUCAUAGAAGGCUUUGAUUCCCUCCAUUUUUAUUCUUGUAAUUAUGUAUUUAUAACGUUCAACCGUGUUUAAAAAAGCUUUACUUGUGGUCUAAUCUUACGCCUCGACCUUAUCGAUUUGCUGUAUGAAUUGAUGGAGGAAAGUCAUAGAUUGUAUGUGUGCAUCUUUGUGUACUCGCUCAUUGACGGUGUGAAUAUCUCUCGAUAAGCUCUCAUCGAAGGCUUCAAAACGAUAGAUAUUGUUCGUUAACUUCCAGUAAUGACGAGUGUCUGUGUUUCCAUUCAUAAGAUGAGGACUAACGAUGAGCUCAUCCCCAAAAACGUUCUUGAGUGUGCCAACGAGGGUAUCCCAGAUUUUACCACUUGUUGGUGUGUUAGGAGCAGGAUCUAGAGGACUACCGAAUGUUUCAACUUUGACACUGCCAUUGCUUUCAUCAUUAGGUGCACUCUUGUUAUCGAAUCCAAUCCAGUUGAGAUUUAACUCAUUCUCAACAUAUGGCUUGAGUAGUUCAGUAAUGUGCUUCUUCAUUUCAUUAACUGAACCAGCUACAUCUAUACGCUGGUUGACGACAGCCGUCGCCAAUUCAGGAAGUGCGUUGACUUUAACACCACCUUGUAUAAGGUCGACUGCUUGUGAUGUCUGUAUGAGAUAACGCUCUUUCAGAUCUCUUUCGGCUAUUCUAUCAGCGGCAUCCUGCCACUUCCUAACGUCACGCAGAUCUUUGAGAAGACCUUCAUCGAGUGAAUCUGGAGAAUGCUGAACAAUACAUUGCAAAUGCGUCGUGAAGGGAUUCUCGUAAGCGAGGUGAGGCUUGUGUGGCUGGUCUUCAAUUCUUCCUAUCAAUUUAGAUAAGUAGCCAAUAGAUGUGUGAGACUUAGGUACUGAUGAGUGUCCACCUGCUGUUGCUACUGAUAUUUUUACAUCGAAAUAUCCCUUCUCUUUGACAGCUGGAAGUGCGAAUGGCUUAUCAUAACUUUCUAAAUCAAGUACACCGCCUUCAUCUAGAAUAGCUAGAGCGGAGUCUUCACCAUAUUUAUUUAAGAUGUGCUCAGAGAGGUAUUUCGCACCCUCUGGUCCACUAAUCUCCUCGUCAAAUCCAAAUGAAAGAAUAAUCGUGCGUCUAGGCUCAAAACCGUCUUUGAUAAGUGAUUCAACUACUUCAUAGAUUGAAAGCAAAAGGUUCUUGCAAUCACCCACACCUCUACCAUGAACCCAACCAUCUUUAUCAAUUACGCCUGAAAAUGGUGGGUAAUCCCACCUAUCAAGACUGUCAGAUGGGACUGGUACGACAUCAUUGUGGGCCAUAAGAAUGAGUGGCUUCAAGUUACUAUCGCUGCCUUUCCAUUCGUAGAAAUUACCAUAUUUAUUGACAGUUUCGUGGGAUAGUGUCGAGUGCAAGAGGGGGAAUGACUUCUUGAGGAAUUCAUAAAAUGGUGGGAAGGUCUCGUAACGCUUAUCUACACCUGGUUCACCGAAAUCAUCGUAUGAUACUGUCGGAUAUGUCACACUCUCACUCCAUCUCUCUAUUGAGCCUUCUGGCGUAGUGAAUUCUAUUUCUGCAUUUGGCAAACUAGGAGACUGAGAUGGGCAAUGUACUGGGCUAUUGAAUUCAUCGUUAAGUUCACUAUCAGCUACCUUAUCAACCAACAAUGUGCACUUUGAGAGCAAGUAGAAACUAAGUAUAAGACCAACUACUAUAGGUCUUCUCCAGGACGAGUCUGGUUUUUUUACUGCCUCUGCCGCUGGUCUAGGAAGCGACUGAGACGUUGAUUGCUUCUCAGACAUCAUGACGUUACU